GCCAAACUCGCAAGGCGAAGUCAGGAGAGAGAGAAUCUUGGCAUGCUGGUCUGGUCACCUAACCAGAAUCUGUCUGAAGCAAAAUUGGACGAAUAUAUUGCCAUUGCUAAAGAGAAGCAUGGAUACAAUAUGGAGCAGGCCCUUGGGAUGCUGUUUUGGCACAAGCACAACAUCGAGAAGUCUUUGGCAGAUCUGCCAAACUUUACUCCGUUCCCAGAUGAGUGGACAGUGGAAGACAAGGUCUUGUUUGAACAGGCCUUCAGUUUCCAUGGGAAAACCUUUCACAGGAUCCAGCAGAUGCUUCCUGACAAAUCAAUAGCCAGCCUGGUGAAAUUUUACUACUCCUGGAAGAAGACAAGGACUAAAACUAGCGUGAUGGACCGUCAUGCUCGUAAACAAAAAAGGGAACGUGAGGAAAGUGAGGAUGAAAUGGAGGAAGCAAAUGGAAAUAACCCUAUUGAUAUCGAAGUUGAACAAAACAAGGAGAGCAAAAAGGAGGUGCCACCCGCUGAAACUGUUCCUCAGGUGAAGAAGGAGAAGCACAGUACGCAGGCCAAGAACAGAGCGAAGAGGAAACCUCCCAAAGGAAUGUUCCUUUCCCAAGAAGAUGUGGAGGCCGUUUCCGCCAAUGCGACAGCUGCUACCACUGUACUCAGACAACUGGACAUGGAAUUAGUCUCAAUCAAACGACAGAUUCAGAAUAUCAAACAGACAAACAGCGCACUCAAAGAAAAACUUGAAGGUGGUAUAGAACAAUACAGACUUCCAGAGGUCGUUCAGAAAUUUAAUGCACGUUGGACCACAGAUGAGCAGCUUCUUGCUGUGCAAGCAAUCAGGAAAUACGGCCGAGACUUUCAGGCAAUCUCUGAUGUGAUUGGAAACAAAUCUGUGGUGCAAGUGAAAAACUUUUUUGUAAAUUAUCGACGUCGUUUCAACAUAGAUGAAGUUCUACAGGAGUGGGAGGCAGAGCACGGCAAAGAGGAGACAAAUGGAACCAAUAGCCAGAAGCCUGUAAAAUCCCCUGAUAAUUCCACUAAAAUGUCUGAAGAGGAAGAUGAGGCUACUUCUGUUCUUGAUGUCAGAUAUGCAUCUGCUUCGUGAGAAGGUGCUGUAGCCUAGAACAAUUUGUGUUGACUACUGUGUUAUCCAGGAUAUCAGGUAUUAGCAAACCUCAGACAGCCAUCUGCAUCAUAUCUGUGGACAAGCAGCUAUUACCAAAAAAAGGCAAACGCUUCCAGUCCUGUGCUACAUCUGCCUUAAUCUCCCCUCAUUCCUCCAUACUGCCUCCACUUUCUUUCAAAAGCACCCAGGUAGCUCAGCUCUCCAUUUCAUCAACGUUCUGCUUAAGCAUGGGGAUUUCUAGAACCAGUAACACCUGUCUGUAAAUUUUGACCAACCUGCAAAACAAGGAGCUCCUUAGCAGCCCCACAGUAACUCUACACAUUAGGAGUUCUUAUAAUACUUGGUCCAUAGGGUAUAAGUACGUAUUGCUGCAUGGCCUUGUGGUCUCCGCUUCCUGUGUAUUCUUACGAUGACACUAUUAUUAGUGAGCUUUCUAUAAAGGAGAGGCCUGUGCACAUGCCAGUGGCGUCAGGUUUGUUCUGAAAUGACAGGGCAUGUUAACA